AGAAUCACGUCACCAAACACAGACAAACAACAAAAGACAAAACUCAACUCAGCUUUGCUUUCCUCGGCUUCCCGAGUUGUAUGUAGUAUUGUAUCUACAGCUUCAAAAGUGGUAGACAAGCAUUAGGGUCAGACCCAUAUAGAAAGAAUGGGAGAGAGUAGUAGUAGCAGUGAGAGGAAGAGCUUGGCUCUGUCUCAGGUUGUCUCAGAUUGUGUGAGACGUUGGUUUCAAGAAACACUUAAAGAAGCAAAAUCAGGGGAUCUUUCUAUGCAAGUCUUGGUUUCUCAGAUGUAUAAUACUGGUUAUGGUGUUCCUAUGGAUGCCCAGAAGGCAAAAUUAUGGAUGACAAGAGCUUCUAGAGUUAGAUCUUCAGUUUGGAAAGUUAGCAAUAAGCGCCCUGGUUACAAUGCAAGUGAUUCUGAUUCCGAAGAUUUGUUAGAGGAUUCUUGAGCACUAUUGAGCACAAAAUCCUUUUCAUGAAGUCUUUGCUGCAUUCUCAACAAUCGGAUCAAUCCUGCCAGUAAAGAAAGACCUUGAAUUCUUGAUACUUGUCUUUAGAAGUUCGUUGUUUUAUCAGAUAAGUAGAAUUUCCUUUCCAUCUCAAUGCUGUCACUGAAUUAAUGUAAAGGGUGUUUCCCCACUAAUAGAGUUGGGAAUUCUGGAACAGGUACACAACAGGUGACAUCGAUCAGUGAUUAGAAAUCUUAUUAAAAAUAUUUCUCAAUUUGCUACACGGCUCACAUAUUGCUGAUAUUAAUUGGGCGGUUUAUGUGUAUACAUGAGGUUUAUUAUUAUUAUUAUUA